CCACGACGCCUCAACUGCCCCCUCCUACUAUAUAACAACGCCACGCAGGCGGCAGGCCUAGGGUUUUCUUCCUCCUCCAGUGCUCCCUUCGCGCCGCCGCCCUUCGCUUCGCGUGCUCGUGACCUCGUCGGCCUCCGUCCACGCGAGAACGAAAGCAUGGACACCCAGGUGAAGUUGGCUGUUGUGGUGAAGGUGAUGGGCAGGACCGGCUCCAGGGGUCAGGUGACCCAGGUCAGAGUGAAGUUCUUGGAUGACCAGAACCGUCUCAUCAUGAGGAACGUCAAGGGCCCGGUCCGUGAGGGUGACAUCCUCACUCUUCUUGAGUCUGAGAGGGAGGCCAGGAGGCUGCGCUGAGGCAGCUGGGGGUCAUGGCGAUUUGGAGUCAUCGUUGAAUUUGUGCUAUGUUUGUCAACUCUGGUGUGACCCUUAAAACACUUGUGCUAUGAGUACUAGACCUUUGAUUAGAUUGAAGUUCUGUUCCAUGAUCCAAGUUAAAAGUACACUUGAUGUACUGAGACAUGCUUAUGCGUGGUUACAUUAGCUCAAUACGCAUUGAUUGAAUACUAGCUCAAUCCCAACGCUUUCUGGCUUUA